AUGCUAUUACUUGUCAUCUUCUUGAAAAGAGUCUUUAACUCUGAUACUACUUUGUUGGAAAGAAAUUUUGGAGGUUGGAGGAAAUUUGAAGAGAGAAUUGAGAAAGAGGCACUUCGAAGUUUGGGGAAUAAUCAAUUCGUCAGAGGACUCGGUGUAGAUGGAAAAACAGACUGUCUUAAUGCUUGUGAGAAAAAUAUUGUUGAUGGGGCCAAGAUUGAAGUAGUUGAAAUUUAUGAUGAGAAACCAUUGGUAUUGGCUUCUUCACAUGGGAAGAAAUUGAAAGAUUCUGAUGAUAAAGUUAGUGUCAAAUUGUCUGUUGAAGAUACUGUCACUAACGUUUGGAGUAAUACAAUGACUGAAAAACUUGGUGUUAAAACACCAUUUGAAGGUCGAAUUGAAGUUUCAGCAAACUUAGAAGGAACAGGGAUGUGGAGAGAAACAACUCAAAUGAAGUCUUUAAUGGAGAUUACUCAUGAUGUGAUUGUGCCUAAACGAUUGAAACUCAAAGCAAGUAUAUUUGGUACACAAGGUACUUGCGAUAUUCCUUUCUCUUAUACUCAUAAGGACGAACUUUUUAAUGGAAGAACUGUUAUUCGUCGUCUUCAUGAUGGCCUUUUCACUGGGAUUAAUUGUUAUAACUUCAAGUUUGUGGCAGAGCAAGAAUCAUUGUGA